AUGGGUCAAUGGACUGCCAGGGAAUACCAGAUUGCGAUGUGGGUCUGGAGAAAAUGGAGAUUUUACAGGUUUACAUCAAUCCGGGAUGAUCUAUGGGGCAAUGCUAUACUACUCAAAGAGGCUAAUGCUAUCAGUGUGGAACUCAAAAAGAAGGUUGAGUUCCAAUUUGUCCUCCUGUCCGACACCCUCUACUCGCCCCUCCCGACCGAGCUGGUCCCAAGCAGCGAUAGUGCAGAGGUCACAGAGAGACCGUUCCCACGGACGGUGGUAGCCGUCGAGGUUCAGGACAAGAAGAACGGGGCAACACACUACUGGACCCUAGAAAAACUACAGAAGCGACUGGAGUUGAUGAGAGAGAUGUACGACAAUGCUGCUGAUGCCACGCCUACAAGUCCUGAUGGCAAUAUGGGCUUUGAAAACAGCGGCACGUGCAGGGAUCCAUUCUACGAUCGGUUUCCGUGGUUCCGUCUCGUUGGAAGGUCCUUUGUGUACAUGAGCAACUUGCUCUACCCCGUUCCUCUGGUUCAUCGGGUUGCCAUCGUCAACGAGAAGGGGGAUGUCAAAGGUUAUCUACGCAUCGCUGUCCAGCACGUCCUACCGGACGAUGAAACACCGGACUAUGGGUCAGGGGUCAGGCAGUCCGGCAUGGCCAAGAUACAGUUCAAUGAUGAUGAAUACUUUAACAAGAAGCUGAAAAGAACUCCUUCCGGGAUCAACAAGGCAAUCUGUCGUUCCAGCAUGUCAGAGGAGAACGUGCGUAUUGUGGAAGGACACAGAGAAAACUCAGACAUGGACUUGGAAGAGAAGUGUCACGACGUUGAAGCGAUGAGCACCACCGAAUCAAUGACAUCCCUCUCGACACUCGAUGCAUGUGAUGCUGACCAUCUGAAGGUUGGGUCAAACUUUACCUUCCGGGUCACGGUGCUACAGGCCUCUGGGAUAUCAACGGAAUACUCCGACAUCUUCUGCCAGUUCAACUUGCUACAUGGUCAAGGGGCGUUUGUUACUCAAUCGGUUGAAAAUCACAGUCACUAUUCGGGCCGGUCCGGUAUGCCCCUCGGCUUUUACUUUGUACAAGAUAUAUCAACCACCGUCACCAGGGCGUUCAUUGACUACCUGAGGACAUCACCAAUCGUGUUUGAGGUCUUUGGUCAUUACCAAGCCCAUCCGUUACACACCCAGAGUCAGACCACCACCAGGUUGAGACCUCUUAAAAGGAGUUUCCCAUGCACACUUCCUAUGGCCACACCAGUUCCAUCUCCAAGGAUGGGUUUGAUCAGUACACCAGCCAGCACCAGUCAUCUCCAUUCCAAACAUGACCUUCUAGUUUACUUUGACAUCUGUGAGCUUGCGCCGUCUGGAGAGUAUUUAUCAUCAUAUGUAGACCACACUGAGGACAUGCCUUGUAGUGGAGUGUUCCUCCUUCAUCAAGGUAUCCAGAGAAGGAUUGCUAUCACCAUCCUCCAUGAAUCUACAGAGGAACUCCUUUGGAAAGAUGUUAGAGAACUUGUAGUAGGUCGUAUUCGUACCACAUUAGAAGUGACCGAACCUGAUGAUGAGAUGACGGUCCUAUCAUUAAACCUCCUACCAGUCAGCCAUACAACACUACCAGGAGAUGACAGAACCUGUUUCCGUUUUGAAGCAGCAUGGGAUAGCUCUCUUCAUAAUUCUGUUCUUCUGAACCGAGUCACGCCCUAUGGUGAGAUGGUCUAUCUCACACUAUCAGGAUACCUAGAGUUGGAUAACUGCGCUCAAUCGGCCUGUAUCACCAAGGAUAUAUGCCUUCAGAUGUAUGAGAGAGAUGCUCGGAUCAGCCCAUCUCGCUCUCUCCGUAGCCUCUUUGGUAGCAGUUACUACAAACCAUCUGACAGCAACAGUGUCACAGGAGUGUACGAGAUUUCCCUCUUGAGGUCUGCAGAGGCUCUAAGUCCAGACAUGUGGCAGUGGAUAGCGUGGGGGAGAAACGGCAAGUCAUUCAGUCAAUAUGAUCUGCGGGAUUUAUUGGAGUCCACCUCCCCUCACCACAUGACUUUGUCCCCACCUCUCUUAAGUGGGACCCAACGGAGGAUGAGAAAGGUGAUUGAUACGUCAGGGACCUACGUCCGCGGGGAAGAGAACCUGAAAGGGUGGAGACCUAGAGCUGACUCUCUCAUCCUAGACCAUCAAUGGGAGCUGGAGAAACUUAGCAGAUUAGAAGAAGUUGAGAAGGCUCGUCAUUCUCUCCUCCUCCAUGAGAAGAUCGCCCAGGAGCAGUACAACACUCGCAGCCUGUCCAUGGAAUCCUCUGUCACCGGGGACAACGUCACAGCAUCCAACAUGACGCAGUCCGACACCCUCUCCUCCAUGGAUAGCGCUGUCUCCGCGGACGACGGGGCAGGGGGCGUGGCUAGCGGCGACUCUGUGAAAGGACAGGAGCUUAUCGCUAAGUGCCUCAAGCUACUGACGCAGAGCCAGCUACCCUUGCGUAGCCCACCGGCUGUUAAGCAAUCUGCCGACAUCCCGCCUGUCACACUCCAAGUAACAGGUGCAGACUCCCCACCUCAGAUCGAGACCCCCACCCCCCGCAGCCCCUCCAAAUGCAACGUCAACGAGCAGAACAAGUCUCUAGCCUCCUCUCUCCCAGAUCUCCGCUGUCUCUCACCGACCACGGGCCGCAAGAUACCCAUCCCGACCGAGCUGCCGGGUAUCCAGAGUUCCGCCGAUGACUGCACCUCACCGGUGGGGGCAGGAUGCGGGGAUGGCUUUGCAAAGAAGGGGCGGGGUGGACUCCGCCCUCUUUACGUGCCAGAGGUGGAGGAGAUCAGAGUUAGCUCCGGCUUAAGUCCUGUGGUGUCUCGUCGAGGAUACCUCAACUUCCUAGAGGAGAAGACCGCCGGCUGGGUGACGCGGUACGUGGUGGUUCGCCGACCUUACGUCUACAUCUACAACAACGAGAAGGAUCCAGUGGAACGGGGUCUGAUCAACCUAGCGACAGCGAGGGUGGAAUACAGCGAAGACCAGCAGGCCAUGCUUAGGGCAAGGCUUCUCAGCAUUGUCACACCAAACACCUUCUCAGUGUGUACCAAGUAUAGAGGUUUCCUUCUUCAGACGUUGGGUGAUAAGGAUGUCUUUGACUGGCUUUAUGCCUUCAAUCCUUUACUCGCUGGAUCUAUCAGAUCAAAGCUUGCUCGGCGAUCAGGAGUGGGUGCCACACAGCUACCAGUAUAAUUACAUGUAUAUCAUCCAUCGUCCUUCUGACCGUAUAUUUAAAUCAUCGUCAUCAUCAACAUCAUUGCAAUCUUUAAGAUAAAGAACUUGGAAUAAACACUAAGUAUUUAAACACGUGUACCUACAUGUACUGUAGAAAGCCAGCCUAAGGAAAUCAUCUGUCGUCCUUCUGACCAUGAUUCCAAAUAUCGUCAUCGUCAUUAUCAUUGUUGUCAUCAUCACCACCACCAUCUGCAAGAAGAAGAACUUGGAAGAAACCUACAUACAUGUAUGCAUGUUUCAGUAGAUUGUCGUAGGCCCAGUUUUAUCGAACAGUCGAACACCUACUUUGAGCACCUACAUGUACAGUACAUGUAAUAACGUGUGAUGUACCGCUCUCCAAAUCACACAGCAAAUGUGAAAAGAAAGAGUUUAAAGAAACUAAUAAAACAUACUCUGCCAUUUUCCAUUGCCACUGAUUCAUAAACUGUAAAGAAAACAAGUAUGAUCACUUAAUCCUGUACUGGUAAAUCGACAGUGUGAUGGAACUGUUGAAAUUACAUGUAUAUUGGCAAAGAUCUAAUUUCUUAAUAUUAUUCAUCAAUCCAUAUUCACUUAAAGUGCAUAAACUUUCAGAAACAUCCAGUGAUGAAUUUGGAAAAAGUCAUCUAAUUGAUGGAAAUGCCACUUCAGCUGAAACAACAACAAUGACAGAGUCAUAUUGAUGUUGCCAAUUUGAGAUAUACAAACUUAUUUAAUAACGCUCAAUGUAAUAAGUUAUUGUCACAAAUUUGUUGGAAGAAAAUGAAAAUAAUGUACAUGUAAUAGGAUUCACCUCAUUUUUAACGUGUUGGACACUGAAUGAUUUUGCUACAACACACUUCAGAAUGCAUAUACAUGUAUGCGGGCUGUCUCAAACGGAUAAAUAUGCUCAAGGGAUACUUUAAGAAGCACUGAUCUGCAUUGAUUUCAUGAAAGGUUGUACAUCGAAAACUGUUACAAAGACCUCAAAAGAUUCAAGAAAAUUAUCUUUAUGAAUAUAUUGUCUUGAUGUGCAAGAUGGUUUGUCUGAAUAGAAAAUGCAUUUCGUUGAAUUUUAAUGUGUUGAUUUCAGACCAAGGUAUUCUUUUCAUAAUGAUAUGUGUUCCAUCAUAUUGGACUUCUUUAUCUAGGGCCUUUUGUUGCCCUUCCAAAUGGCCAGUACGACAUUCACAUAAUAUUAACUUAUUACUUUCAAGUCAAAUCAACACCUUCCUAUUAAACACCAGUUUGAAACAGUAUCUUACACCAUGUUGUUUACACCUUGCAGCCCAAAUUGGGACUGUACUGUAAAUAUAAAAAUAAAAAGAUGGGGAAAUGCAAUAUAACGGUGUUAUAGGAGAGCUCUGUCAGAAUAAAAAUUGUAAAAAGAAAUGUAAAUGUCAUAAGAACUACAAAGAUUGGAUGCCAUCAAACCAGCUAUUUUGCCAUGUAAAUAGACACAAAUUAUUUAACCGAAUGUAUGCUAUGUGUGCUGCUAAUGCAAGUGUCAAACGGUGUGUGCUCAGUGUUAUAUGUGUGUAAUAAAAUAUGACUGUGGCUGUUGGAAAUCUAGGGGAAUAUAUUGUAGACCGCACACCAAAAAAGAAACAAUUCAAGCUUGUGUUCUAUAACAAAUUCAGGUGUUUCUUUUUUAUUUUAUUUUUCUACUUUACCACCAAUACCUUCUCCCACCAUCUAUAUAUGAGUUAUUCUUCUAUCUUUUACAAAGUUCAUUGUGUUAACUCUUUUCAUUACAUUCAUAUGUUAUACAUUUGUAUUUUGUAUCUCCCAGAGUAAUAUUUCUAUGUGUACGUAGGUUUGCUACUUAAUGGUUAAAAAGGUAAGAUAUUGAUUAAAAGCACCCAAAGUAAACAUGGAUACAUUUUAAAGAGCAUAGAAAUGUGGGGGGUCCCUCCACAGUCUUUGGGAUAUAUUAUGUGUCUUGAAAAUCUAUAAAAAGGGGAGGUUUAUAGCUUAUCCAAAAAAAAAUACAGCAGAAAUUAUGAAUCUUUCUGCUGCUUGAAGUACCCUUUCAUAUAUGAAAUUCUUAAUUGAUGUAGUUGCCGUACGAGUAAUGUCAUCUUACGAAGUACUUAAUUCUUAUGGCGGAUCAGCUUCCUCAUGUAAAAAUAAAAAAUUUCUUGUUACAGUAAAUUAAACUGUUAGCCCUAAACAACUUUUCCAGUAUUUCACCGAAAUUUUCUGUUGAUAUACUGUACAUCAUGUAUCAAUCAUGGCAUACAUGUAUAUGACUUUUUUUUGUGAAAAGGGUUUGCUAAUGUAAUGGUAAUACCAUAGGUGCUUAUGAUUUCGUAUUGAAACCUCAGAUAUUUUCAUUUCAAAAUCUUAGCAAUGUAUCCUACCAAAACAUAGUUGAAGUUUUUAAUUUGGAUUAAUGCAAUACCUGUUUAUUUUCAGUGUCAGAAAUUAUGAAAUAAUGAAAUGAUAAUAUAUAAGGAACAUAACUGAAUCCUUUGGAUGACCAGUUUUUGUCCUAAAUUGAAGUUUGUAUCUGUACAUGUGCAUGUAAUAAGCCGAGAUAUAUUCCAACAGCCAUGGGGACUAGUACAGAUUCAUUUUGUAGUAGAGUCAGUGUUCACACAUGCAUGUAGGAUAAAAACUGAAAUUUUAUGGAUGCUAUGAUUAGCAUCAUGUAAAUAUGACAAAUAUAUAAAUAUAUAUCAUCUGUAGACUUUGUAUGAUAUUAUUUAAUGUCGGAUAAAUUUAAGGAAGAACUUUAAUUGAUAUGUAUAUUUAUUCCAAAUACACUAUGUAUAUUCAGCUCUGUUUAUGCAGGGGAUGGGGAAUUACGUAGUAGAAAUAACCUGAAUGUAUGCAUUUUUUUCUCGAGGACAGUGAUCAUUUCCAGGCUAGCUUACUUACCAUACAAAGCUACCUAUGGUGUUUUGAAACUAGGGUAAACGUAGAUGACAAGAAUUUUUUUGCAAUCUGACAAAGUGACUGACAACGAAAUCAAAUCAGCUGCAUUUUGAAAAUAUUUUGAUUUAUUAUUACUUGAUAGAUUUUUCUGAAGAUAACAGUGAAUAUAUCAUUGUAUUGAUCUAUGUCAUUUUACAUUCUAUGGCCCCUAUUCUGAACUCGGGUUUAAAUUAAACCCUGGUUUAAAGUUGUGGUUUAACUAUGGAGAGCCAAUCGGAAUAUGAAGCCCAUAAAAGUACACAUCCAAUUUAUUAACUCAUAUGAUGCCAAAAUUGUUUGGGAAUGAUAACUAAAGUAUUUUUCUUCAUUAUGAAAGCAAAAGGAAACUGAAUAGUAAAUAUAAGAUAUAUACAAUACAAGCAGAAUUGUUUAGUUUUUGGCUCCCCAUAAUUUUAGACCAGACUUAGACCAUGGUUUAAGAUAAACCUGACUUCAGAAUACGGGCCUUUUUAUUCUAUACUCUUGUUUGAUGCUUUGAGUUUUGACAAAAUUUGUCCAAUUUGGAAAGCCGACCUCUUGGGCAUGUUUCAUAAAAAUUGUAAUAAAAUCAAAUUUGUUAUAAUAGUUAAAA